AUGAACACCAACGAUGCCAAGGAGUAUCUGGCCCGGAGGGAAAUCCCUCAGCUUUUCGAGAGCCUCUUGAAUGGACUGAUGUGUUCUAAGCCUGAAGACCCGGUAGAGUACUUGGAAAGUUGUUUACAGAAAGUUAAGGAAUUAGGUGGCUGUGACAAGGUGAAGUGGGAUACAUUUGUCAGCCAGGAAAAGAAGACCUUACCUCCGCUCAAUGGAGGACAGUCACGGAGAUCCUUUCUAAGAAAUGUAAUGCCUGAAAAUGCAAACUUUCCAUAUCGACGGUAUGAUCGGCUCCCUCCAAUCCAUCAAUUCUCCAUAGAAAGUGAUACAGACCUCUCUGAGACUGCAGAGUUAAUUGAGGAAUAUGAGGUUUUUGAUCCUACUAGACCUCGACCAAAAAUCAUUCUUGUCAUAGGUGGUCCGGGAAGUGGAAAGGGUACUCAAAGUUUGAAAAUUGCAGAACGUUAUGGAUUCCAAUACAUUUCGGUGGGAGAAUUAUUACGAAAGAAAAUCCACAACACCAGCAGCAAUAGGAAAUGGAGUCUUAUUGCUAAAAUAAUUACAACUGGAGAAUUGGCCCCACAGGAAACGACAAUUACAGAGAUAAAACAGAAAUUGAUGCAAAUACCUGAUGAAGAAGGCAUUGUUAUCGAUGGCUUUCCAAGAGAUGUUGCCCAGGCUCUAUCUUUUGAGGACCAAAUCUGUACUCCCGACUUGGUGGUAUUCUUGGCUUGUGCCAAUCAGCGGCUCAAAGAAAGAUUACUGAAGCGCGCAGAGCAACAGGGACGGCCUGAUGACAAUCUGAAAGCCACCCAAAGGAGACUAAUGAACUUCAAGCAGAACGCUGCUCCAUUGGUCAAAUACUUCCAGGAAAAGGGGCUCAUCAUGACAUUGGACGCUGACCGAGACGAGGAUGAGGUGUUCUAUGACAUCAGCCUGGCAGUUGACAGCAAGUUGUUUCCAAACAAAGAAGCUGCAGCAGGUUCGAGUGACCUUGAUCCUUCAAUGAUGUUGGACACUGGAGAGACCAUUUAUACAGGCUCUGAUUAUGAAGAUCAGGGUGAUGACCAGUUAAAUGUAUUUGGAGAGGACACCAUGGGAGGUUUCAUGGAAGAUUUGAGAAAGCGUAAAAUUAUUUUCAUGAUUGGUGGCCCGGGCUCUGGCAAAGGCACACAGUGUGAAAAGCUGGUGGAAAAAUAUGGAUUUACACAUCUCUCGACUAGUGAGCUCCUGAGUAAUGAGCUGGCAUCAGAAUCUGAAAGAAGCAAAUUGAUCAGAGACAUCAUGGAACGUGGCGACCUGGUACCCUCAGGCAUCAUUCUGGAGCUCCUGAAGGAGGCCAUGUUGGCCAGCCUCAGUGACACCAAGGGCUUCCUGAUUGAUGGCUAUCCCCAGGAAGUGAAGCAAGGGGAAGAGUUCGGACGUAGGAUUGGAGACCCGCACUUGGUGAUCUGCAUGGACUGCUCAGCAGACACCAUGACUAACCGCCUUCUCCAGCGGAGCCAGAACAGCCCUUGCGCGGAAGACGCCGCCACCAUCGCCAAGCGCCUUGAAACCUACUACCGAGCGUCCAUCCCUGCGAUUGCGUACUAUGAGAAAAAAACACAGCUACGUAAGGUAAAUGCAGAGGGGACGCCAGAGGAAGUUUUUCUUCAACUCUGCACAGCUAUUGACUCUAUUUUCUGAAAGCAAAAAAGCAUGUGCAUUAAGGAGAGUGGAGACAGAAAAAUAUUAAAAGGUUCAUCCCUUAACACAGUAUGUUUCAAGUUAAACCUUUAGUGCCCCUGCCACCGCCCCAAUCCUAACAUUGCUGUUUGCUGCCCAAGUCGACCUUCCUGAGAGGUGUCUGGAAAUCAUGCAUGAUGUAUUUCGUAUGCUCCACCCUCUGCUCCGCUCCCCACAGCUGUCCGCCCCCCGGCACGCACACUGCUCUGCGGUCCCGGCCGUGCCUCGGAGCUGCUGGUGUGUAAGUAGCAGUGAGUGCCGGUGUGCGCCGGUGGUGCCCCCAGGACUCGUGGCAGUCUGUCUGCUCUCCCUCUGUCAAGCAGGGGAUUGGCGCCCCUAACUCCGCAGCACAUUUCCCUUCCUCAUCCCGGGACUGACAUGCUGUUGCCUGAUGAAGGGCCUUCAUCUGAGAGGCAGGCCUGGGCAUCUCCUCUAGUGGCUAUUUCCUCAAGUCUCAUUCGCUAGCAGUAGCUCAGAGCCACAGAGACUGGGCUGACAACCCCAACUGUUGAUAAGAAAUGUGAUUAAAUUUGAUAAGAGGUAAUACAGUGUGAAAUUAUAUAGCUUUCCCCAGACAGUAAAACCCAGACUAGUCACCAAUAACAUGUGUCCAUUCAUUUUUCGGAAACUGGCUACUUGGACUGCUGUCAUAAUGGCUAGGAAAACAAACUGGAUAAAUUGUCUAACCUGAUCUCUUUUAUACCUGGUGGUGCAUUUCAGCAAUGAUACAUUAAUACCAAUGACCAAACAUAACUUUAGAGCGUGAGAUGAUUUGUUACUGCAUUCACUGGACUAAUGUCAGCUUACAGUUUUGAUUUCAUAUGAUCACCUAUUUACUUAUUGUUACUGCUAAGCAAGUAAGAAAUAAAGUAACAGUAACCAAACUGAUGUGGGUAGGAGAGGCAUGUCAGCACAUGAUGUUUAACAAAUCCCAGAGCUACAUUCGUUUCAUACAGGCCUUCAACAGGGCUGUGCAAACCUUAUCAUAUCCAUAUGUAAAACUGUGUUUUCCUUGCUUCAAACCAGUGAAAUUUGGGUUCUCUCUUGUGCUAUCAGUUGCCAAAUCAGAGCUUCUUAUAUAUUCUACCGGAAUAAUUGCAUCUUCCAUUCAGUCACUACAAAAGACCAUAGUUUCAG